AUGUCUUCAAAUUCAACUAUACGUGAUCUUGUGGUACCCAAGAACUGCGUCUUGGAAGAAGAAACACCUGGAAAACCUCCCAUCACAGCAAAUGGAUCGAACACUCUCUCUACUACAAGUUGUAAAUGUGUUGGAGAGUUAAUAAACAGAAUCAUCGAGUUACGACGAGCUGGGUCUUCUCAAGAUGGGACUUACUCAUCGAACAACAAUGAGAUAGAGUGGGCUAAACUUUUCAUGGAAUUCAUAUUGGGUACUGCGUAUUGUCAGGGCCGAACUUGCCAAGCUCACUCUGACGAUAUGAUCUGGUAUGUAUAUAUGUCUAAGAUGAACUCCUCGUUCUAUUUAGGACAUUCGAGUCCGAGUCUGGUACAGGUAUUUCGGCGUUCUAGUAGGAAUCAGCCAUCUCCAUGUGACCAAGCAUACAGCUGGGAAGAAACGGUCUGUUUGAAUCUUGUUCUGCAACAGGUAGAUUUUUUUGUGACCUGUGCUGUUUGUACGAAGACAAGCCCGCAAAAUCUCCAAAUUAUUCGCAAGAACUGUCAAAAAGUGUAUCCCUCACCGAGCAGAAGACGCAUGGAUAGUAAAGGAAGUAGUGAAGAAAUCACUUACCCGAAACUAUACUUCGCUAUAGAUGGUUUUGAAGAGGUCUUUCAAGACAUCGUAGUACGAGAUGGUGAGUGUGUCUGUGUGGAACUAGUUGCACGCGAUAGGCAAAAGACCCGCGAAGCUGUUGUGUUUCUUGGAUCAAUAAGAUACGACAUCUUAAAGCAAGUUUAUGACGCAAAGGCUUCAUCAACGUGGCACUGGGCGCAAAAUCUAGUCAAACAAGGAGGGCGGCGCCAAGAGUUUGUGGGCAUGAGAGGACCACAUAAAAAGGGAUAUGCUGAAAUGGCUGUCGCACGUGUACCGAAUUGUGGCUACGAAACUCCUCUCACAGAGAACAACAUGGAUUUUCUUGAGUUAGCAAAUGUUGGAUACACUUUAAAUCAACGCAGAAUGUCCGAAAACAACCUUGGAGGUCCCCUGUAUACAAGAAAUAAUGUGGUGAUUCCGGACCGAAAAAUGUCCACUGGUCGACGGUGGCAGAGUGAGGCCGAUACAGUGAAUCAGUAUCCUGAAGUUGAGGGCAAUAACAUUGGGGAUGACAUUGAUGAAGGCAUACUGACCCGCUUGUGGUCGGUCCGGGGUUUCGGACAAGCGUGGCAUUGGCUGCGAGAGAAGAAACGGGCAGAAUGUACUCCAUUGAAUGCAUAUCUUACUUAUGUGACCCUUUCAUGGUCAAGUAUCUUACAAGAUUUGUUGAGUGACCGUCCGAAGCGACCAAUUUUGACCUUCGAAUUUGACUCUCCCUUUUGACUCACCUUUUCUAUGAAAAAAUGGCGGCAGUGGAACUCGAUUCGUUUGCUGCUGCAAUGAGGGACAUAUAUCAGCAGCACCAGUUUCGUUUUCGAUGACCUCCCGUUACAGUAUUCUUUUAUCAGUCACGUUUCGACGACGGCAGCUCUGUGAUCAACUUUUUAGUGUUGAUAUUUCUGGUGAUUUCUACCACCUCUAGAGGAUCUCAUUACGUUUUUCCUAUCGAGUCUGUUCAAAAUCUCAUCUGUAAAGUUGUAUAUAAAUCGCAAUUGAUCCGUGCAACGAUAAAUUUGUGCCACUGUAUCAUCUUAUAUCGCCAUCAAAUC